AUGAAUAAUGAGGAGCAUAUGCUAAUUAUCAAGAAGAAACGAAGAUUUCAUGUUCCUAAAAAUUUAAAUAUCUCUUGUUGUUGGAAUACUAUUGAACCGAUUAUCGCUCAAGAAAUCGGGGCAUCCGAUUACACUGCGAUUCCGAAUUGCUUUGACACCAAUGCAUAUAAAAUUGGACAUAUUUUUGUGCCAACGAGCACACAAAUAAAACGUUUCCGCCCCGUGCCAGUUUUGAAAAUACUCGGACCAAUCCGUGAUUUUGUGGUGAAAAACGAGACGAACACCAAGUGGCUUGAUAAGAAAUUUCAUAGCGUGCGAACGUCUGGAGAUCAAAUGCACUUUCGGAUAAUUUCCGAGAGUGGAAAAAAUCAACUGAAUUUUACUGGUAAUGAUUAUUAUUUUCUGAAUAAAGCACACGAUAUGCUGAGCCAAGGAAAUGUGACAAUAGAUCGCACAUCUCAUAAUGAUUUAUUAAAUAUUACAUGGAUUGGGUUAAUAACAGACGUGGUUAUUACAAAAACCUCCGAGUUUCGUAUUGUUAAAGGUAAACAUGAAAGAACUCUGUACGUAAGCGAAACUGAACAUACUAUUUUUUUCAAAUACGAAAUAUGCAAACUCGAUCAGCAUGGGGUCGUAAUAGAAUCUAUCAAUCUUACUCGCGACAAUAUAUUCGGUCACCUCAAAAUACCAGAACCAGUUCAUUCCAGACGUGAUAUCUUUCCGCUCGGUACAGAACAGACCGUGACACUGAUGACACCGAUGAGAAUGCGGUGGCGGUUUAAGGUGCACCACCACCUGCAGCCACCACCAAGAGGUGGGUACCUGCGGGGUAGCAAGGCGGCGCAGUCGAGCAUGAUUCCUUCACAUAUGUUUACGGAACACCAGCGGUCAGAAAUGCGUGCCGCAGGAGGACUCGUUGCUGGCGGAGGGGCCCUCCACGGAGGACCUGCAAGCUCCUGGAAUCACGCAAGCAUGAAUCCGCUAAAAAAAGGAGCUCCUGCACCUGCAGCCCCCAAGACGGGCGCAGCACUUAUGUUAACCGUGCGUGAAUCCUCGGCAUAUGAUGCCGGACAACCCUUCGCCUUAUCCUUUCGUCAGUUUAAAAUAGUUCUUCGCAAGUCUCAAAGGAUUAUUUUAUAG